GGAAGGAACUACCUCGGAUCAUUACAGGUGUUGAUCCCAAGAGAAUUCCCUAGUAAAAACCCUUCAUGCUGAACUCUGUCUCUGGGUCUGCUUCCUGGGAAGCCAACCUGCAACAGUUGGUAUAAGAAGUGGUUCAAGAAGGCAAACACUGUGAUGAAAUUUUGGACAUGAAUUACCUGCUACUCUGAUGUCAAUGAAGACUCCAUCAUUGGUGGGUUGCAGAGGAAAUAUUGGACAUUCAUGCCUGGUGGUGAGAGAAGGUGAAGGGAAAGACAGUUGGACUGGGACUAGAGAAGAUAAAACAUUAUUCAUCAAAGAGGAAGAAAAGGCCAAUGGACACAGGAGCAAGUACACCAUCUCACUGUAAACCAAAGAAAGGGAAAUUCCAACCACAAUGAGAAGGUACUUCUUGUCUCCGGGGUUGGCAAAGAGGAAAAUGAGUGGCAGGACCUGAUGUGUCAGGGAAGCAAGGGGAGAACUGGCUCCUGCGGCACUGCUGAUGGGAGUGGUAAUUGGGGUCCUGAUCUCACGGGUGACGUGGCCCUCACGUGAGCUGGAGCCGACGAGUGCAGACGUCCUUUUAAUCCUAGUCUUCAUUUGGUCCGGUUGCCUUCUAUCUCACAGAGGGCGAGAGGAUCCUUGGCCUGGGGGAAGGAGGAGGAGGUAACUGCCUGGAUCCCAGCAGUAGGGCACUGUGCCAUUUGGGAACAAAGGAAUAGUCUGCCUGGAAUGUGCAGAUCUUGAGCCCGGAAGCCAGUCCAACCCUUGGAGCAGGAAGAAACGCACAGUUGUCCAGAACCAAGUUUGCUCGAAGCAGUGCACUUGGAAGCAAUACAGAGAAGGAAAAACUUCCUGGACUUCUGUGGGUGCAUGUGAGGGCGCCACUGUCCCCAGGACAUCUGGAAGGGCAGGGGUGGUAGGUAACUUUGAUGUUCUGGGGUGGGGUGGUGGAACGUGACGUUGGAGAGUCUGGAAGUGGGGAAAAUUUCCAAACUUGGCUUCCGGAUGGGAGAAAGGAAUCAGUGAUCUAGACAUCAAGCCCCACGUCUCUACCAAUAUCUCCGUAUUUUUGUACACUUGUUUGUUUUGUCGUUGUUGCAGUCUGUUUGCUUGCAAAGAUACAAAAGGAGGAGGAGCCUGAAACCUGAAAUGCAUCCUUUAUUCCUAGGUCCAAGCUGCCUCAGAGCCAGCCGGAUAGUAGCUGCAGACUCUGCCCGCAACGUCGCGCGCUUCUCUGGGCCAGAGCAAGCCUGUUUUGUGCUCUGGUUGAGAUUUGUCCAGGCCAUACCAUGGGCCGCACUCGGGAAGCUGGCUGCGUGGCUGCUGGUGUGGUUAUCGGGGCUGGUGCCUGCUACUGUGUAUACAAACUGACUUGGGGAAGAGAUGAGAACGAGAAAAUCUUGGAUGAAGACGAGGAGUCCACGGACACUUCAGAGACUGGGGUUGAGACUGUGAAAGGAGCUAAAGCUAACGUUGGGGCAGGGUCUGGGGCCAAACUUCACAGUGACUCUAAGGUCAAGCCUGAGGUGAGUUUGGGACUCGAGAAUUGUCCAGGUGUAAAAGAGAAGGUCCACUCAGGAUCCCACAGCGGAGGUGGCCUAGAGGCCAAAGCCAAGGCCCUUUUCAACAUGCUGAAGGAACAGGCAAGUGCAAAGGCAGGCAAAGGGGUCAGGGUGGGUAUCAUCUCUGGGAACAGGACCCUUGCACCGAGUUUACCAUGCCCAGGAGGCAGGGGUGGAGGCUGCCAUCCCACCAGGAGUGGAUCUAGGGCUGGAGGCAGGGCAAGUGGAAAAUCCAAGGGAAAGGCCCGAAGUAAGAGCACCAGGGCUCCAGCUACAACAUGGCCUGUCCGCAGGGGCAAGUUCAACUUUCCUUAUAAAAUUGAUGAUAUUCUGAGUGCACCCGACCUUCAAAAGGUCCUCAACAUACUGGAGCGAACAAAUGAUCCUUUUAUUCAAGAAGUAGCCUUGGUCACUCUGGGUAACAAUGCAGCGUAUUCAUUUAACCAGAAUGCCAUACGUGAAUUGGGUGGUGUCCCAAUUAUUGCAAAACUGAUAAAAACGAAAGACCCCAUAAUUAGAGAAAAGACUUACAAUGCCCUUAAUAACUUGAGUGUGAACGCUGAAAAUCAGGGCAAGAUUAAGACGUACAUCAGUCAAGUGUGUGAUGACACCAUGGUCUGUCGCUUGGACUCAGCUGUGCAGAUGGCUGGUCUAAGACUGUUAACCAACAUGACUGUGACUAAUCAUUACCAACAUUUGCUUUCCUAUUCUUUUCCAGACUUUUUUGCUUUGUUAUUCCUGGGAAAUCACUUCACUAAGAUACAGAUUAUGAAACUAAUUAUAAACUUUACGGAAAAUCCAGCCAUGACAAGAGAGCUGGUCAGUUGUAAAGUACCAUCAGAAUUGAUUUCCCUCUUUAAUAAAGAAUGGGAUAGAGAGAUUCUUCUUAAUAUCCUUACUCUAUUUGAGAAUAUAAAUGACAACAUCAAAAGUGAAGGGCUUGCAUCAUCCAGGAAAGAAUUCAGCAGAAGUUCACUUUUUUUCUUAUUUAAAGAGUCUGGAGUUUGUGUUAAGAAAAUCAAAGCAUUAGCAAAUCACAAUGAUCUGGUGGUGAAAGUAAAAGUCCUGAAAGUAUUGACCAAACUCUAAUUUGGAGUGUGUCCCAAACAGUAUUGAGGUAUUUGCACUUGGGACAAUGUAUUUUGUAAAUUCUUUGUUUUUCACUGUGCUUAUAUGGUAAAGAGAUCUUUACAGCUGCUAUUUUGGAAUAAUGAAUAUCAUAUAUCAUCAAAAGUGACUGAUGUUGGUUGUGAUGGUUGGGCUUAGGCGGGGCCAUUUUAAGGAUGCCAAAUGGAAUAUUAGUACUUCUACACAGAAAGAAUUUAUUGAUUUGAUCUUGUUACCUACAUUAUUUUUAAUCUUUCCGCUACCUAAACUGACAGUGAAUUAGUUAUACAUCAUGAAUAAGCUAUACUUUUAUAUUAGUUUAUAUUUUUAAAUCUAAGACUUGUGUUUCAUCAAUAAAGUUGUGUUUUAAGCAGCAGAGAAAAAA